AGUUUUCUGCAGAUAGCCCAACUUUUGCUUUACGUUUCUGUCUUUUCCCCGUCCUAUCUGCUCCGCCACCUGCUGCCCCGCUCCUUCCCCGAUCCUUCCCCGCCAUGCCUUCUCACCUUUUCCCUCCUCUUGCCUUUCCUUGAUAGACCCCAACCCCUGCUGCUGCCGCAGCUUGCGAUAGUGCUACGUGUACGCCUCCUCCGCCUACCAUCAUGGGGCUUGAGUCGUUUCAAGCAGGAGGAGAAGGAGAUCCGGAAAUCACCCCAGAAACGCAAUCAACUGGAACUCACAUCGGCUCGCCGCUGCCGUCGCCCGGUCCUUCACCGAGAGCCGCGGCUCCAGCACUGGUGCUGUCGAAUUCGGGAAACAGGAUAGACCAAGCAGCGUGGAAGAAGAAGUACGUGAGACAGGUGACGGGGAGGCACAAUGAUACGGAGCUCCAUUUGGCGGCGCAGCGCGGUGACGUGGGCGCGGUGCGGCAGAUCCUUAGCGCGAUUGAUGCGUUGAUGACGGGGACGUCGUCAGGGGCUGAUUUCGAUGCUGAGGUGGCGGAGAUUCGGUCGGCGAUGGUGAACGAGGUCAACGAGGUCGGAGAGACGGCUCUGUUCGUGGCGGCGGAGAAGGGGCACCUUGACAUCGUCGUUGAACUGCUGAAAUAUACUGACAAGGAGGGCGUCACGAGGAAGAAUCGUUCUGGGUUCGAUGUGCUGCAUGUGGCAAGCCGAGAAGGGCACCAGGCUAUUGUGCAGGCACUUUUGGACCUUGAUCCUAAACUCAGCAGAACUUUUGGCCCCUCAAAUACAACUCCCCUUAUAUCUGCUGCAACAAGGGGUCACAAGGAAGUAUUACAAAUGCUCUUGGCUCAGGAUUCUGGUAUGGUUGAGUUGGCCAAGACAAAUGGCAAAAAUGCAUUACAUUUUUCUGCUCGACAAGGGCAUGUUGAUGUUGUAAAAGCAUUAUUGGAUAAAGACCCACAACUUGCCCGAAGGACUGAUAAGAAAGGCCAAACUGCUUUGCACAUGGCAGUGAAAGGAACAAACUGUGAUGUGGUCAAAGCUCUAGUUGAUGCUGACCCAGCAAUUGUUAUGCUACCGGACAAAUUUGGUAACACAGCACUACAUGUGGCCACGAGGAAAAAGCGAGCUGAGAUUGUAAAUGCUCUAUUGCUACUCCCAGACACCCAUGUAAAUGCAUUGACCAGAGAUCACAAGACUGCUUUCGAUAUUGCUGAAAACUUACCUCUUUCAGAAGAAGCUGAAGUUAUUAAGGAAUGCUUAUCGCAGCAUGGUGCAGUUAGAGCCAAUGACUUAAACCAACCCAGAGACGAGCUUCGGAAGACUGUCACAGAGAUAAAAAAAGAUGUUCACACGCAGCUAGAGCAGACCAGAAAAACCAACAAAAAUGUCCAUGGAAUUGCAAAAGAGAUCAGGAAACUGCACCGGGAGGGAAUUAACAAUGCCACAAACUCUGUCACGGUUGUUGCAGUGUUGUUUGCUACAGUUGCAUUUGCUGCAAUCUUUACUGUUCCUGGAGGAGAUGACAACGAUGGAGUUGCAGUAGCUGUUCUCACCGUCUCUUUUAAGAUUUUUUUCAUCUUCAAUGCCGUAGCACUCUUCACUUCGCUUGCUGUGGUGGUGGUGCAGAUCACAUUGGUCCGGGGGGAAACAAAGUCAGAAAGGAGAGUCGUUGGAGUCAUAAACAAGCUUAUGUGGUUGGCAUCAGUGUGCACAACAGUCGCUUUCAUAGCCUCAUCUUUUAUUGUCGUUGGUCGUCAUUUCCAGUGGGCAGCCAUACUUGUUACUGUAAUCGGUGGGGUUAUAAUGGCUGGAGUUCUCGGUACAAUGACUUACUAUGUGGUGAAGUCGAAGAAGACCCGAAAGCUCCGGAAAAAAGAGAAAUCUUCAAGGAGAAGCGCCGGGUCCAGUUCAUGGCAUUUUAACUCCUCUGAAUCAGAGAUCAAUCCAAUAUAUGAAAUGCUGGCGUCAUCUCAACCACUUGGUUUGCUCAGUUGUAUCGCGAAGGAGAGGCGUUGCUUCCUUCUUUGCCCUAAUGUGAUCCUCGCUGCUUUUGAGUGGUUUGAUUUGGGGGGGCUGAGAUUGAUUUCGGACUCGGAGCUUUGUCAGAAGAAGGAAGAAAUUCCCUUCCUUGAUACCUUUUCCUGGACGGAUUUCUGCUUGCAGAUCUGGAUCCCAGACAACGGCAUGGAGUCUACAACCGAACAUGAGAGCUGCAACUGGAGUCAAAAGAAGACAAGAAGGCAGUUCACCGCUAAACGGGAUGAUGGCUCUCUGCAUUCAGCUGCAAGAGCUGGAAAUUUAGCUUUGGUGAAGGAGAUCCUUAUGGGUUUGAAGGAUGAGGAGUUGCGGGAGGAGUUGUUGAAGCAAAACCAAGUUGGAGAGACCGCAUUGUACGUCGCUGCUGAGUAUGGAUUUCAGGAUAUUGUCAGUGAGAUGAUGAAAUACCAUGACACUAAGAUUGCUGGAAUCAAAGCUAAGAAUGGUUAUGAUCCAUUGCAUAUUGCAGCCAAACUAGGUGAUUUUGAUGUUUUAAAGGAGCUGCUGAAGUCUUUUCCAGAACUUGCCAUGACAGCGGACUUGUCAAACACAACGCCAUUACAUACUGCUGCAUCUCAAGGCCAUCUUGAGAUCGUAAAUCUUCUUCUGGAAGUGGAUAAGGGUUUGACAAAGAUCACAAGAAGUAAUGGGAAAACAGCUCUGCAUUCUGCUGCAAGGAAUGGGCAUCUGGAAGUUGUGAAGCUUCUAUUAGAUAAUGAUCCUGGAAUUGCCUGCAGGCAUGAUAAAAAGGGACAAACUGCUCUACAUAUGGCAGUGAAGGGACAUAAUCUGGAGGUUGUAGAGGAGCUUCUCAAGUAUCAGCCCACCCUGGUGAACGUGGUGGACAUGAAGGGAAAUUCAGCAUUGCAUAUGGCAACUAGAAAGGGGCGUCCACAGAUUGUCAUGAAACUGCUAAGCUUCAAGGAAACUGAUACAAGGGCAAUCAACAGAUCAGGAGAAACUGCUCUAGACACUGCAGAAAGAGCUGGAAACUCAGAAGUCGUCACCAUAUUAAAAAAACAUGGUGUACAAAGUGCAGGGACCAUCAGACCCGCCCACCCCGCCAACGAACUAAAACAAACAGUUAGUGACAUUAAACAUGGCGUCCAUUCUCAGCUCCAUCACACACAACAGACAAGGAAGCAUGUAUUAGGAAUCGCCAAAAGACUCAAAAAACUCCAUAGAGAAGGCCUCAACAAUGCAAUCAACUCCACCACUGUGGUUGCUGUUUUGAUAGCCACCGUUGCUUUUGCUGCCAUUUUCAGUGUUCCUGGCCAAUAUUCUGACUCUGUAAGCCCAGGCAUUUCUGUGGGGGAAGCCAACAUUGCCCACCAAACAGCUUUCAUGAUCUUCUUCAUUUUCGACUCAGUGGCGCUCUUCAUAUCUCUUGCUGUUGUGGUGGUUCAGACAUCUUUAGUGGUUAUAGAGAGCAAGGCGAAGAAGAUGAUGAUGGCUAUCAUCAACAAGUUGAUGUGGCUUGCCUGUGUGCUUAUGUCAGUUUCGUUUCUUGCACUUUCUUUUGUUGUGGUUGGGAGAAAUGGGAUUUGGUUGGCUGUUGGAGUUACAGUUAUGGGGACUGUUAUUUUGGCAGCAACUUUGGGUACUUUGACAUAUUGGGUGAUUGUGAACCGAAUUGAAGCGAAAAAGAUGAGCAGUAAUAGGAAAUCAUCACUAAGCAGGUCGGGGUCGCGGUCAUUGUCAAGGUUUUCUGAUACAGAUUUGUUGUAUGGACCUUUGAUUUAUUAUCCAGCUGGUGUUGUCAAUUGAACAUCUUUUUGGCUCAGGGUUUUGCGUCACUGG